AUGGAUCAAAGGCGCAGUAUACCUCCUGGGCUCCCCAGAGACAACCCCAUCCAGUCAUACUGGCAAGAUCCUCCGGAUGAGAUAGCCGAUUGUCGGACAAGCCCAGAUCUCCCGGAUGGGGCUGACAUCGUUAUCGUCGGAGCUGGUGUCAGUGGCGCGAGCAUCGCGUAUAACCUGCUCUCCUCCAACCCUCGUCUGAAUAUUGUUCUUCUGGAGGCUCGUCAGGCUGCCAGUGGUGCCAGCGGCCGAAAUGGCGGUCACACCAAGACUGCCACCUACCGCUCCUUCCACGAAAACGUCAAGUCCGUCGGCACGUCGGACGCCAUCAAGAUCACGAACCUGGAGUACAAGACCAUGGUCAAUGUCCACGCUUUCGCCCGAGAGCAUUCUAUUCCCUGUGAUUCUGUGCGCUGCCAGACUAUCGACGUCUUCUACGACUCCGCUCAGUUCCAAGCAGCGAAGGCCUCCGUGGCGUUGAUGGAGAAAUCCAUGGGUGUCGACAAAGCGCCCGAGCACAUUUUCCAUGGCGUGGAGGAAACGGCCGAGAAAUAUUUGGCGCCGGGCAGCGUCGGCAGCUUGGAGUACGAGAGUGGGAGUCUGAGUGCGUAUCGGUUUACGAUUGGGAUGUUGAAACUUGCCCUGGAAAAAGGAUUGAACCUGCAAUGUAAUACCCCUGCAAACAGCCUGUCCAGAGAUGAGAAUGGCCACUGGACGGUUUCGACGCCGCGCGGUUCAAUCACCAGCAAGAAAUUGGUCCUGGCUACCAACGGGUAUACAGCACACCUGUAUCCACGUUUACAAGGAGUCAUCGUGCCCUUGCGAGGAGUUGUAACAGCCCAGCGCCCAGGCCAGAGCAUGCCUCAACACGGGUUGGAGACAACGUACUCUUUUGUCUACAAGGAAGGUUUCGAGUACAUGAUUUCCCGACCACCUGGGAGCAAGUUCGAGGGAGACAUUGUCAUUGGCGGAGGCAUGCACAUUGCAAAGGACGAUGGUAUGAACGAAUAUGGGAAUACUGAUGACACCACGUUCGAUGAAUCCAGCGCAGAGUACCUGCUCGAAUGCACGCGCCGGUAUUUCGGCCCGAAGAAUUGGGGCAGAGACCACCCCGACGGGCACAAUCGCCGGACUUGGUCAGGAGUGAUGGGGUUUUCAGCUGAUGGGUAUCCCUUUAUCGGCCCCGUGCCCGGGGAAGAGGGGUUAUAUCUAAGUGCAUCCUUUCAAGGUCAUGGCAUGGUGUUGUGUUUCUUGUGCGCAAAGGCGGCCACGACGAUGAUUGAGGGCAAGGAUGGAGACGCGCUGAGCAGCUGGUUUCCAGAUUGUUACAGAGUCACGCGCGAGAGGAUGGGGAAGAAGUUCGAGGGCAGGAUCAAGGCGUCCGGGGCACCAGAACCUCAAGCAGUCGAGAACGGAACACAUUAA